AAUAAAUCGAGUGGUGACAGGGGCGCCAGACAGUGACGGACUCCAACCCGGUUCCCUCUUUCUCUUACGAAUUGGGGCUGUCUUGAAAUGUGACUUGUGAGUGCUGACCGACAUUAGCAUUAGGCCACAAGACAGAGCAGUGCGCAGCAAAACCUUUCUCUAUGCGUGGCACUGAGCUGAAAAAAACCCAGUGAUCGGCGCCAUGGCUCGGUCCACAGUCUUGUGGUGUGCUCUCUUCAUUGUUGUUGCAGAGUGCGGCACAUUGGAUGGAGACGUGCAAGGGCUAAUGCAGCUGAGAGAUGGGGUGGAGUCCGCAUCCAUAACCCCAGGGUCCUGCCUCGCCUCCUGGGAUUUCACCUUGGACCCCUGCGACAGCCUCUUCGGCGAACGCUUCACCUGUGGCUUCCGCUGCGAACAGGGGCGCGUCACCGAGAUCACCCUAGAUGGAGCCGGCUACUCGGGGUCCCUGGCUCCUGGUGUUGGCUCGCUGCUGGCCCUCAAAACCCUCGACCUCUCCAACAACGCACUCUCUGGCCCUCUCCCUUCCUCCCUCUCCAAACUCACCUCCCUCCAGAGGCUGGUCCUCUCUCGCAACGCCUUCUCGGGCCAGAUCCCUCCGGCAAUCUCCUCGCUUGCCAGUCUCGAAGAGCUCUACCUCGACAACAACCGGUUUCAGGGCCUGAUCUCCCCGAGCCUCACUGCAUUUCACGGUCUCCGUCGCCUUGAGCUCCAGAACAACGCCCUCUCCGGAGUCCUCCCUGACAUGAGCGCCCUCCCCAAUCUCUACUUUCUCGAUGCCAGCGAUAACCAGAUCUCUGGCGGCAUCGCCGGCCUGCCUCCAUCGUUGGUGGAGCUCUCCAUGAGGAACAAUAAAUUGGAAGGAGAUUUGCCAGAGAAUUUAGGGGAUCUGAAGUGGCUUCAGGUGAUGGACCUGAGCCACAACCAGCUCUCUGGCGCCCUGCCCUCGGUGCUCUUCGAGCACCCAUCAUUGCAACAGCUGACCCUCUCCCACAACGCCUUCUCGCAGCUGCAAGUCCCUAGCAACUUCGGGGCAAGCAGUGAGCUGAUCGCUGUGGACCUGGGGUAUAAUAAGAUACAGGGGCUGCUGCCGGUGUUCGUGACCAUGAUGCCGAAGCUGUCUGCACUCUCUCUUGAGAGCAACUGCUUCACUGGGUUAGUGCCUGCCGAGUACGCCGUGAAGGCGGCAGCGGUGCCCGGAGUUGUGAGGCUUCUGCUGUCUGGGAACUACUUGUAUGGACCCAUUCCUUCAUCUUUUAUGAUUCUGAAGCCUGAUAGUGUGACUGUGAGUCUGGUGGAUAACUGCUUUAUGCGGUGCCCUGCAUCCUUCUUCUUUUGCCAGGGCGGAGCUCAGAAGACAUUGUCAGCUUGUAGGAAUUUCAGCCCUGCAAUUCCCUGAUUUUGGGUUUAUGCAUAAUGAGCUGCUUGCUUCUUUUUAACAAUGGUAGUGUUUUCAACCUUCAUCUCUGAUUCUCUAUGAAAAUCUGUUAUGGGGCUUGACCAAAAAAGAAAAUGAAAAUCUGUAAUGGGGAAACGAAGGAGAAUGGAUUGGAUCUCUCUGUAAGUUAUCUGGAACUUUGAGGAUUUAAGUUAAAUUGUUCUUUACCCACCGAAAGGGUAAAGAAGUAACCAUUAACAAGGUAAAGAUCCUAUUUUGACUGUUUUUCC